GGUAACGGUUUGAUGAACAUUGAUAAAUUACCCCCCAUGAAUUUGUUAUCUGGCCCAAGAGUGGUUUACCGUGUAGACUCCUUUGAUGAACAUCAAAUAUUGUUGGGUUUUGCACACAUAACUUCUUCUUCGGGUAGCUGUUAUGAUCCUCCUUCUUAG